UAACAUUUAGGCGGGAAUCAACGAGAGUCGUUUUAUGUUUACUUUAAUUUACAGAAAAGUCGUGUUAAUAUAAUAAGGAAAAGUAUUGUAUUUUUAUUUAUAUCUUUUACAAAAUGGCACCGAAGAAAGCAUCGAGAGAUUAUAUUAAAGAUAAAGAGCAACUCAAGACAUUUUUAACAGAAUUUAUGGUUAUGGAUGAUAAAACUGGUGACAAAACGUUUAAGUACAGACAACAACUUACUAAACUUGCUCAUCGUGAACAAGUAGCUUUUAUUAUUGAAUUAGAUGAUAUGCAAGAGUUUGAUGAUGAAUUGGCUGCAGCUAUUGCUAAUAAUACCAGAAGAUAUGUUAACUUGUUGUUAGAGCUUGUGCAAGAGAUACUACCAGAGUUUAAAGAAAAACCUGUAUCUGCUAAAGAUGCAUUGGAUGUAUAUAUUGAACAUCGAUUAUUAAUAGAAGCUCGUAAUAGACAUCCAGGUGAUCAAAGAGAUCCUAGGAACAGAUAUGCUCCAGAACUCAUGCGACGUUUUGAAAUAUAUAUCAAAGAUUUUAAUGAUGUAAAAGCACUUUCUGUUAGAGAAAUAAAAGCAGAAAAGAUAGGAAAAUUGGUUACAGUUAGAGGUAUUGUAACUAGAUCCACCGAAGUAAAGCCCAUGAUGGUUGUUGCUACUUAUACCUGUGACCAAUGUGGCGCAGAAACGUAUCAACCGGUACAAUCACUUAGUUUUAUGCCAUUGAGAACAUGUCCUAGCGACGAUUGUCGUGUGAAUAAGGCAGGUGGCCGAUUGUAUAUGCAAACAAAAGGAUCAAAAUUCGUUAAAUUUCAAGAACUUAAGCUGCAGGAACAUAGCGAUCAAGUUCCAGUUGGUCAUAUUCCUAGAACAGUGACGAUUUUUUGCAGAGGCGAAACUACACGACAAUGCUUACCGGGAGAUCACGUAACCAUUACUGGAAUCUUUUUACCUUUAGUGAAAACUGGUUUUAACGCCAGAGGUGGUUCCGCACUUUUGAGCGAUACAUACUUGGAUGCACAUAGAAUCGUUUGUUGUACGAAUUCGCAAACCAUAGACGACAGUAGCGCACAAUUAACGGAUGAAGAAUUGGCAUUAUUAUCGCAAGAUGAUUUUUAUAGUAAAUUGGCUUUAUCAUUGGCACCAGAAAUUUACGGAUUGGAAGAUGUUAAGAAAGCAUUACUGUUACUUCUCGUCGGUGGCACGGAUAAAAAGAAGGGUGACAUCAAGAUCAGAGGAAACAUCAAUGUUUGUUUGAUGGGUGAUCCAGGUGUUGCUAAAUCUCAAUUACUUUCGUUCAUAACGCGUUUAGCACCCAGAUCGCAAUAUACUACAGGAAGAGGAUCCUCCGGCGUUGGUUUAACCGCAGCCGUAAUGAAAGAUCCUUUGACCGGUCAAAUGAUACUCGAGGGUGGAGCUUUGGUAUUGGCCGAUCAAGGAGUUUGUUGCAUUGACGAAUUUGAUAAAAUGGCAGAUGCAGAUAGAACCGCUAUACACGAAGUAAUGGAACAACAAACGAUAUCGAUCGCCAAAGCUGGAAUCAUGACGCGUUUAAACGCUAGAGUUUCUAUCUUAGCAGCGGCUAAUCCCGCUUACGGAAGAUAUAAUCCUAAAAGAACGAUCGAACAAAACAUUCAGCUUCCGGCUGCUUUGUUAUCGAGAUUUGAUUUAUUGUGGCUUAUUCAAGACCGUGCCGAUAGAAGUAACGAUUUGAAAAUGGCACAGCACAUAACUUACGUUCAUCAACAUUGUUCUCAACCACCUACCGAAACUGAAGUAUUGGACAUGAAUUUAAUACGAAAGUAUAUUAAUUUAUGUAAAGCAAAGGAACCUUCCAUUCCGGAGGAUUUAUCGGAAUAUAUCGUCGAUUCGUAUGUGGAGAUGAGAAGAGAGUCACGUAACAGCACCGAUAAAACUUUCACUUCUGCUCGUAAUUUAUUAGGGGUUCUACGAUUGGCAACAGCGUUGGCGCGUCUCAGAUUAGCGAACGUUGUCGAAAAAGAGGACGUCGCUGAGGCAAAUAGAUUGGUCGAAAUGUCAAAGCAUUCAAUCAAUUAUUCAGAAACCAAACCGAGUAACGCUCAAAGAAAUCCUAUUGACAGAAUUUAUUACCUUAUUUUGGAACUAGCCAGUGGUAGUAAAACUGUAAAAGUAUCGGACAUAUUGGAACGAUGUACGAGUAAAGGAUUUAAGCCCGAUCAAGUGGACGAAUGCAUAGAAGAAUACGAGAGAUUAGAUGUUUGGCAAGUGAAUCAAACGAGAAGACAGAUAACGUUCAUUCAAAAAGAUUAAUUCGAUAUGUAUAUGUAUCCUCUAUCCCCUAUCCUGUGUCAAAUCAUAUCGUAUCGUAUAUCCUACGAAAGUCGGAUUUUACGUGUAUCGAAACGUUAGCUUUUUUUUUUUUUUUUAUAAACAUACAUCGAUGUAACUUAAUAAAGAAAUAAAUUUCUAUUACUUUAAUAUACGAUCCUUUGUCGGUAGUUCGAGUGACGGUAAUUCAGGCGAGCGACGGUAGAUGGCGCAGUAACGUAGUAACUCGGAAGGAUUCGGAUAAGUUCGGACUAGUUCGGUUCGGCGGCGCGCUCUCGGCACGGGACGCUCUCGGUACGGUGGUUCAGUCGCAUCGAGCGAUCCGCGAGACGCGUAUCGCGUCCCCGUGCAUGCAUGCGUGCGGGUGUGCGUGCGUCUCUCUCUCUUUUUAAGUGUAUACCGCGAUUUUGAUCGGAGUCUCGUUGGUGGUGCCGUAUUCGUUUGUAACAUCCUCGAGAGAUUAUCGAUAAUAAAUAACAAUAAGAAAGAGCUGGUGUUCCUCUCGGGUUCCUUUAUCGUGUCGACGUCUUUUAAAGCACGUUCCGUCGUAUAUAUCACGACUAUUGGCGGCCGGCAGUGGCCGAGGUCGUCGGCUCGCGGCUCCGGUGCGUGAACGCGCGUGCAUGUGGUACUAGUAUCGCGACACGGUGCUUUUCACGAUAAUCCAAAUGUUGUCGUCGGAUGCGACUUUGGAUCGUCGUUCUCAUAACGAACGUGGACCUUUUCGUACUCGUCGACGUAGUAGCGAGUUGAUCGUCGUCGCUUGACAACGCGGUAAGAAAGGAAGAAGAAGAUCUUUGUGAGAAAAAAGUCGAAGAAAACGACGACAACGAAGAAGACGAAGAAGAAGAAGAAGAAGAAGAAGAAGAAGAAGAAAAAGAAAAAGAAGAAGAAG